UGAAUUAUAUUCCACAACGUGGGGAUCGGUUCCAAAUGCUCCCGGAUUAGCAUAACAGGCUAGCUGUUGUCUUUGUCUAGAGGUUGCAUGCGUCCAUUAUCGGACAUCAUGCUGCCUGCACCUCAGCCGCAGGAAUCGAACCCUCGCCGUGUUUUAGGCGACCGUUGUCCUUCUGGACGCCUGCUUUCACCUGUGCACGGUGCUGUGUUUGUGUAGGACCCCCCACGUAGGACCCCCAUGACCUCUUUAGGGCUUGUUUUGGUGUCCGCGUGAGGCUGUUCCACGUCCUCUAGGUUCGGACUCCUGUGUGGGGUUAAACGUCCCGCCGGUUCCGGUACCGAGGGUGUCCGUCGGUGGCUGCAGUUGGCAGCGAUGCUGAUGUGUCCAGUCAAAACAACGCGCGUGAAUGAUGGUGUCAUGCUCGGUCCAUCCCAGCCACCAACAGGUGAGGAGUAGGCGGAUGGUGGCAGCAUCACCUCCACCCUGAGCGGGGCAAGCAAGUGGCAGCGGCGUUGGGAGGUGCACACCUGGCCCCUGGGAUGGGCCAGCACCUGUUGAGACAAGGAGCGAUGUGGGAGGUGGUGGGGAGGUGUUCGCUGCAGCCCUGAGGAGGCCCCCCACAGCUGGAGGAAGGCAGCCCUCCUGUGGCCCCCGCAUCACCAGGACGCUCCAAAUAAGAUGUCCUGCCGGAGCAGCCCUCCAGGUGGGAAAAGUGUGGACUCCAGUGCGGUGGACACGUACGACAGCGGUGAUGAGUGGGACAUUGGCGUUGGGAAUCUGAUCAUUGACCUGGAGGCCGACUUGGAGAAGGACAAGCUUGAAAUGUCAAUAAAUAAGGAGGGAGGGGCCGCAGCAGCCCCCUCUGGGGCUGUGGCUGCUUUACCCAACAACAUUAAGUUUGUCAGUCCCUCAGCUGCGAUGCAUUGUAAAGAUGGCAAAUCCAGAUCAAAGCGCGUGAAAAGCUCCAAGGAUGGCAGCAAGUUCCUGGUGUCUGAUGGAGCCAAGAGGGAAGUUCAGGGCCGGGCCCCUGUAGACCCUCCACCCCAGAGCCCCACCUCCUUACUGACCAAAGGAGGUGACAAGAGCAGCAAAAACUCACGCACACUUCCUACGGUCAAGAAGGAGGUCGUCUGUGGAAAAAGUAAGAAGGACAAAACCGAAACGACAGCCGCUAAAGCGGUGAAAGCUGAGGAGGAGUCUGGAGCUGCAGCUCCCCCUUUAGGGACCCCCCACAACAGCCAGUUUGCGGGCCAGCAGAACUUGGAGUUGGGAGCAGAUGAGCAGUUUGGACAUGUGGUUCUGGACUCUGCGUGUCUGGGUCCGGCUGUGGCCAUAACCGUGGAGCAGUACGAUGAUGACAGCCGGAGCAUGAAGCCGGGGAACAGCUGUGAGAAGAUGGACUCUCCAGUCUCCACCUCAGCUCCGCCUCCCCUUCACCUGCUGGGCCCUCUCACCAACAGCAAUGACAUCUCCUCUGCCUGUGAGCAAAUCAUGGUUCGCACGCGCUCAGUUGCAGUUAACACAGCGGAAACUGCUCUGGCAACCGAGCCCGAUUGCCUCGGACCCUGUGAGCCAGGCACGAGUGUCAACUUGGAGGGAAUUGUGUGGCAGGAGACAGAAGAUGGGAUGCUGGUUGUGAACGUGACCUGGAGAAACAAAACUUAUGUUGGCACUCUUCUGGACUGCACUAGACACGACUGGGCCCCUCCAAGGUUUUGCGAUUCUCCCACCAGCGACAUGGAGAUGCGCGGCGGUCGCGGCCGCGGUAAGAGGAUGCGCUCUGGGAGCAACGUGCCGUCGAACGAAAGCAGCAGUACCUUCGACAGCAAAGGCAGCAAGACGCGCAGUGCUGCUGCAAGCAGCAAAGGCAAAAGAAGCAGCCAAGCAGCCAGCAGCACGGAUGAUGCCAAGGCCAGCCCAUCCUCCGCCAAGAGGAGGACCAAGCCUGUGUCUGAUGUGGAGCCCACCUCCAGCUCUGAGGACUCCAAGGUAUCUAAACGUAUGAGGACUAGCCCUGCAGGAGGAAAAACUGACCCUCAGUUUCCUCCACAGCUGGAGCAGAGCUGCCCGUCUCCUGUUCUCAUUGACUGCCCCCACCCUAACUGCAACAAGAAAUACAAACAUAUCAAUGGACUCAAGUACCACCAAGCCCAUGCCCACAAUGACCUUGACGUCAGGUUGGACCAGGAUGGAGACAGUGAAUACGGGGAGGAUCCUGUCCUCCAUCCGGACCUGGGCUCUUGCGGCACCUCCGGCCUCUCCCCUGCCUCCUGCAUCACCCCUAAGGGGAGAGGCUUUGAUGCGCCCUUGCCAUCUCUGAGGCUGUCAAAGGUUAAAAAGACAGCAGGGGAGCCUGAGUCGCAGGGCACAGAUGGUGGCGAGGAAGAGGCGUGUUUGACUGAUGAGGCCAGUAAUGAUGGGGUCGAUGACAGAAAGGCCAGAAAGCUGGCAGGAAGUGGAAAAACUGAGAAAGUAACACAGAGGGCAGGGAAGUUGGGCCGGCCUGGGACCCACACGAGUCCCGGGCCAACAUCGAUGUAUUCCUUGCAGUCGUCUCCACCAGCCGUAGGCUCAGUGGUUCAGUGUGUUCCCAGCAGUCCCCAGUCGAAGACCAGCCAACCUAAAGCGGCGUCACUCGCCGACACUGUUGCUCUUUCCAAGGACAAGAAAAAGAGAGACAAAAAGAAAAAAGAUGGAUGGAGGGAGGAAGACGGUCCAUAUGCAGUUAACAAGGCUGCAAAGUCAGAGGAGGCCAAGGGUCUGUACUCGGAGACUUCAGAGGCUUUGCUCAACGGCUGUGUGGAAGUGCAACAGAGCCGUUUGGCCAGCAUGAAAGCUGAGGCGGACAAAGUGUACAGCUUCUCUGACAGUGCGCCCAGCCCCUCCCUCGGCAUGACCGGCAGGGUGGAGCCUGGGCUUGUGCCUCCCUUACACCUAAACCAGAAUGGUGGCGACAACCUGUCAGUCAAGACCAGCAGCCCCGCCUACUCUGACAUCUCUGAUGUGGGGGAGGAUGGAGAGGGGAAGGCGGAUGGGAUCAAAAUCAAGCAAGAGCCUGACCAAGGACCCCAUGAGGGGGCAAAGAAGGCGCUAUUUAGCCCUCAGGGUCCCAGGAAGGAAUCACAUUUCUACCCCAGCUAUGACUCUUACUAUUCUCCAAACUACCCGAGCCGGAGUCCUGGAGUGGCCCCCGCUCCUCCCCCUCAUGGGGAGGACACCCAGGUUAAGGUGAAGAAGGAAGAAGACCUCGAUGUGCGAGAAGAGGCAAAGCUGAAGGUGGAACCUCCAGAGGAAAGUAAGGUAGAGAUGGGAAACCAGCAACCAUCAGUCAUCCAACAGCGCUCCAACCUGUACAGCCAUCCUCUGUACUACAACCAGUACUAUGUCCCUCCCUACUCUUAUCCUCCUGAUCCCGCUUACCAUGCCCAACUGCUGGCCUCUAACCCAGCUUAUCGUCAGCAGUAUGAAGACAGGCAGAGGCAAGCGGACAGGAAGGGGGAGGGCAGAGAUCAGGAGGUUUCUGUUAAAGAGGAGUGGAAGCAGAAAGCCUUGGUGCCGCCAACUCAGUCCAACCCCAGCCUCACAGACCUGGGUGCAAAGAUGGGGUUGAGCUCCUCCAAGGCUAAAGACGCUGCCGCUGCAUCAGACCAGGCCAAGUCUGCUAUUACGCCGAAAGGAGAGGAUCCCAAAGUCCCUGCAGCCCAGGGGGAGGGUAUCAAGGUCAAACCCAACGAAGCACGGUACCAUGGGACAGAGGAAGUCAAGCCAGGGGUGGAAGUGGGCAGGCCAGCAGCUGUGGACCCUGCCAUGUGGUACAGACAGCAGGAAGCAGACUCACGGUUGUGGUCCUACGUUUACCCGAGCAAAUACUCGGAGGCGCUGAAAGCUCAGGAAGAAGACCGGUGGAAGGAGGAGAGGGAGCGGAGGGGGAGGGAGGAGCGGCAGCGGCCCAACGACGGCGUCCAGAAGGAGGCGGGGAAGGAAGGGGCAGAUGGCAGGGCACAGCCGCUCCCCGAGGAGCACCAGGACAGAGGGAGGGAGAUGCGCUUCCCCCACAUGCAGUUCCCCUCGGCCCUGCCUCAGCACCAGGCCUACAUGCCUUACCUGCAGGGGCCGUACGCCUACAGCCAGGGCUACGAGCCCAGCCACCCCGGGUUCAGAGGCAUGCCGUCAGUCGUGAUGCAGAACUACCCGGACGCGUACCUGCCUGCCGGCUACGCUUUCUCCUACGGGGGGAAGGCAGCAGUGGGGGAGGACGGAGAGAAGUCGUCCCGGUCCAGUCCAGCGCUGAAGCCGUCCAGCGAGGCCAAAGCUCUGGAUCUGCUGCAGCAGCAUGCCAGCCAAUACAAAAGCAAGUCCCCCUCCACCCAGGACCAGAAGAACCCCCAUGAGCGAGAAAGGGACGCCGCCCGACCUCGAUCGUCCCCAUCGCAGCGCCUCCUGCCCCCCCAUCAUCAUGUGGGGUACCCUCUGCUGUCGGGUCAGUAUGACCUGUCCUACUCUGCAGGCUUGUCCUCUUCGGCCAUCGUUGCCGGUCAGCAGACGUCCAGCCCGUCCAUGUAUCCUCCUGCACGGAGCAGGUCUCCGCCCAUCUGAGUCGUGUGACGACACCUGGGCCUGGGAUGGGCCUGAAGCCCCAGUCGUACUCCGUGGCGCUGAAGGGAUGAGGCGGAGCCACCAUUGGUACGGUGGGGGUUUGUGCGUCUGCAGCCCCGGGCCGCCCGCCAUCCCGUCGUCUCUGAGAGCAGGGCGACUUCGUGGCGCGUGACCGAUGUUUGCGAUCGCUUCAGCCACGCGGGCCCCUCGCUCUGUGCUGAGGCUCCAUGCUGUGACCUUUGACCUCAGCGAAAACCUGCACCUGUGAAGAACCAAUCGGAGGGCGGAGCAGCGCAGCAGAGUUGCUCCAAUCACAGCUGUCUGUCUGUAAAUACUGUACAGAGGAAUCAUUUUAAAGAGCCGGCAGGAUGGCGCUGGACUUCCUGUUCCUGUCUCUGUUGCUCCACCUCUGUUUUUCUACUGUUGUUGAUCAGAUAUUAAACUUGCGGCUGGUGUCGCGCCAUCUCA